AAUUAAUAAUAAAGGCAGCAAGUUCAUGCUGUGGUUUCCUGGUCAGAGCCACUGAGCCACCAAAAAAGGCUUUCAGUUUGAGUCCCACUGAGUUCAAUUCAUGUACAAAAUUCAAUGGAAAGGGGUUCUCUCCCAUUUUGCCUGCCCACGUACUACGUGAAAGUCUGUACCACUUUCUGUUGUUGAACUGCACAAGGAAGAAGGUGAUUCCCAUUUCUUAGUAUCCCAGUUUCAUUUGAAGCGCAACCCCUUUUUCUAUUCUUGAAUAAACCAGGCUAACCAGCAAUCUCUUGCAUAAAGACCCACUUCCGGUUUCUCAUCUUCCGGGUAAAAAAAUUCAACAACAUCCGCAUUUGUUAUUUCUGGAUUCUGAGGAGAACCAUCUUUGUCUUUUCGUCUACUCCCUCAGAAUAGCCGAAGGGAAGAGUCGGCAUUUUGCAAAAAUCUGCAGCACCUCGAUAGUCGGUGCCGGCUCUGCGUAUUUUCCCUUCUCUCUCCUCAGUGCAGCCUCCCUUUUGCCCCUUUUUUAAUUGUCUGUCUAGUCAUAUUGCCAUUGUCCUGUACCGCUCAGUCUGUUUGGAGGAAAGAGAGAAAAAAACAAGAGGCGCUGUCAUGGGUUUGUCCAUGUGUAUAUCGCUACCUUCUGCAAGGUGUCCAUGGAGACUCCCCAUGUAGAAGGCCUCUAACUUAUCAGGCUUGCUUCAUGGUCGCCAAAUUUCACGCCUUCUUUCUGCGUCUGUUGUCUCUUUCUCUGCUAUCCAACAUCUGGUGAUAUAUGUGCACACUAGUGUUUAAUUCGCUUGAGGAGAGUCUGUAUAAGUCUGUAGAGGAAUCCCAUCGUCCUAGUUUUGUUCGAGAGAAAUGGGGUAUCUGGGUUUGUUGGGUUCGUUAAGUCUGGUCGGCUCCUUCUUCUCUCUCGCUUCUGCUGCUGCAUUGCCUAAUCUCGGUUUGUUCUCUGACGAUGACACUAUGUUUGUUUUCUUCCAAAACCUGCCCCUUAUGGAAAGGAUCUCCGUUUCGAUCCACCUGGUGUUAUUGGUGUUGCUUCUCUUCUCCAUUUCUGCCCGCCAGAUCCUAACCUGUGUUGGCCGUGUCCCCUUCUGGAAGCAGCGAGCCGCAGAUUUGAGCCCUGGUGAUGGUAAUGAGGGAUCGCGGAAGAUUGAGAUAGGUAAUUCGUUUCGUAUCGCUCUCUUGUGUUGUGGAUACCUUCUUGUUCUGCAAUUGUUGGUGAUUGCUUUCGAGGCGGCAAGCCCGAAUAAGAAUUCCGGCGACCGGUCGACUUUGUCGUUGCCCUGUGUUCAGGCUCUUGCAUGGUCCGUCAUGAGCUUCUCUGUAUUCCACUGUAAGUUAAGGGGUUCGGAAAGACUCCCGAUUUUGGUCCGCUUGUGGUGGGUCUUGUCAUUCCUUAUUGCCUGUUGCACUGUUUACUUGGACGCUAGGGGUUUAAUUGAUGGGUCGUUGAGGUUGAAUUCGCAUGUUUUGGCGAACAUCGGCGCCACCCCAUCGCUUGCAUUCCUCUGUUUCGUUGCAUGCCGUGGAGAUUCUGGCAUUCGGUUAAUGAGCUCCGAUUUGCAAGAGCCACUGUUGAGUGAGGAAUCCGGCUGUUUGAAGGUCACGCCUUAUGAGGAAGCUGGUUUGUUCAGCUUGGCCACCCUGUCAUGGCUGAAUCCACUUCUGUCAAUAGGUGCAAAGAGGCCUCUUGAGCUCAAGGAUAUUCCUCUUUUAGCUCGCAAGGAUCGUACUAAAACAUCUUAUAAGACGUUGAAAACCAACUGGGAGAGGCUGAAGUCCGAGGACUCUUUGAAGCAGCCCUCCUUGGCGUUGGCGAUCUUCAGGUCGUUUUGGAGGGAGGCUGCCUGCAAUGCUGUGUUUGCAGGUAUCAAUACUUUUGUUUCUUAUGUUGGGCCUUACAUGAUCAGUUACUUCGUGGACUACCUGGGAGGAAUCAUAGCAUUCCCACAUGAGGGAUACAUUCUUGCAUCAAUAUUUUUCUUGGCUAAACUUAUAGAGACCAUAACCACAAGACAGUGGUAUCUUGGAGUUGAUAUCUUGGGAAUGCAUGUGAGGUCUGCUCUCACAGCCAUGGUGUACCGCAAAGGACUUAGGCUUUCCAGUACAGCGAGACAGACUCAUACCAGUGGAGAGAUAGUGAAUUACAUGGCAGUAGAUGUGCAAAGGAUAGGUGACUAUUCAUGGUAUCUGCAUGAUAUCUGGAUGCUACCUCUGCAGAUUAUACUUGCACUGGCAAUUUUAUACAAGAAUGUCGGCCUUGCAUCUGUUGCCACCCUUGUUGCUACCAUAGUCUCCAUUCUUGUCACUGUUCCCUUGGCAAAGAUGCAAGAAAAUUAUCAGGAUAAUAUGAUGGCCGCCAAAGAUGACCGCAUGAGGAAAACUUCGGAGUACCUAAGGAAUAUGAGAAUCCUUAAGUUGCAGGCCUGGGAGGAGCGGUACCGGGCAAUUCUUGAAGAAAUGAGGAAGGUUGAGUUUACAUGGCUUCAGAAAGCUCUUUAUUCACAGGCUCUUGUUACAUUCAUCUUUUGGGGUUCCCCUAUUUUUGUUGCUGUUGUCACCUUUGCAACAUCGAUCAUGUUGGGUGGCCAGCUUACAGCAGGAGGGGUGCUAUCUGCACUUGCUACUUUCCGCAUCCUUCAGGAACCUCUCAGGAACUUUCCAGACUUGGUCUCAAUGAUGGCACAAACAAAGGUGUCUCUAGAUCGAAUUUCAGGUUUCUUGCUAGAGGAGGAGCUACAAGAAGAUGCUACAACGAAAAUUCCAAAAGCGCUCACUGACAUAUCAAUAGAAAUCCGAGACGGCGAGUUUUGCUGGGACCCAUCCUCUUCUAAGCCAACAUUGUCAGGUAUACAGGUGAAAGUAGAGAAGGGAAUGAGGGUAGCAGUCUGUGGCAUGGUUGGCUCUGGGAAAUCAAGCUUCCUUUCUUGCAUCCUUGGAGAGAUGCCUAAAAUUUCUGGUGAAGUCCGGGUUAGUGGUUCAGUAGCUUAUGUUUCUCAGUCAGCCUGGAUCCAAUCUGGAAACAUAGAGGAGAACAUCCUUUUCGGUACUCCACUGGACAAGCCUAGAUACAAGAAUGUUCUUCAUGCUUGCGCCCUGAAAAAGGACUUGGAACUACUUGCACAUGGAGAUCAGACUAUAAUUGGUGAUAGAGGCAUAAACCUCAGUGGUGGACAGAAGCAAAGAGUGCAACUCGCAAGAGCACUUUAUCAAGAUGCAGACAUAUAUUUACUGGAUGAUCCCUUCAGUGCAGUUGAUGCACAUACAGGAUCGGAGUUGUUCAAGGAGUACAUAUUGUCAGCAUUAGCAUUAAAGACUGUGAUCUAUGUUACUCAUCAAGUUGAGUUCCUGCCAUCUGCUGAUCUAAUAUUGGUUCUUAAAGAGGGCCAGAUUAUACAGGCAGGAAAAUAUGAGGACCUUUUGCAAGCGGGAACUGAUUUUGAUGUCUUAGUUUCUGCACACAAUGAAGCAAUUGAAUCUCUUGAUAUUCCAGAAUCUACUGGGCCUGAUCCUGAUGAAACAACACAAGAUCAGGAACAGGACCAAGAUUCUCAAUCUAUGCCAAGCAAUCUUGAUUCUUUGCAAAAUCAAACUUCGGAGAAUGGCCCUUCUGAAAAGAAAGCCAUCAAAGAAAAGAAGAAAGCGAAACGCUUGAGGAAGAAGCAGCUUGUUCAGGAAGAAGAAAGAGAGAGAGGAAGAGUUAGUCUAAAAGUUUACUUGUCAUAUAUGGCUGCAGCGUAUAAAGGUGCACUAAUACCAUUGAUCAUCCUUGCCCAAACAGCAUUUCAAGUACUCCAAAUUGCAGGCAAUUGGUGGAUGGCAUGGGCAAAUCCACAGACUGUAGGAGAUAAGCCCAGGACAAGCAGCACAGUUCUCCUCAUUGUUUACAUGUCCCUUGCUUUUGGAAGCUCCUUGUUUGUUUUUUUAAGGGCAGUGCUUGUUGCUACCUUUGGUCUGGCUGCUGCACAGAAGUUGUUUCUAAAAAUGCUUAUAAGUAUAUUUCGAGCACCGAUGUCUUUCUUUGAUUCCACUCCAGCUGGCCGUAUCUUGAACCGGGUAUCUGUGGACCAAAGUGUUGUUGAUCUGGAUAUUCCUUUCAGACUUGGUGGCUUUGCAUCCACAACGAUACAACUUCUCGGCAUAGUUGGUGUCAUGUCCAAAGUGACUUGGCAAGUCCUGCUUCUGUUUGUCCCUAUGGCAACAGCUUGCCUAUGGAUGCAGAAAUACUAUAUGGCUUCGUCGAGGGAAUUAGUUCGUCUUGUUAGCAUACAAAAGUCUCCUGUCAUUCAUCUAUUUGCUGAGUCAAUUGCCGGAGCUGCUACCAUUAGAGGAUUUGGGCAAGAAAAGAGAUUCAUGAAGCGGAACUUGAACCUCCUUGAUUGUUUUGCUCGUCCAUUUUUUUGCAGUGUUGCUGCCAUUGAAUGGCUUUGCUUGCGGAUGGAGUUGCUAUCAACUUUUGUUUUUGCAUUUUGCAUGGCUCUUCUUGUAAGCUUCCCACAUGGAAGUAUUGAUCCAAGCAUGGCAGGACUUGCAGUGACGUAUGGUCUUAAUCUCAACGCACGCCUUUCAAGAUGGAUUUUAAGCUUUUGUAAAUUGGAGAAUAAGAUUAUUUCUAUUGAACGGAUUCACCAAUAUUGCCGAAUUCCUGCUGAAGCACCGCCCAUUAUUGAGGAUUGUCGGCCUCCAUCGUUCUGGCCUGACAAGGGGACAAUCGACCUCAUUGAUCUGAAGGUUCGGUACAAGGAAAGUCUUCCAAUGGUCCUUCAUGGGAUAAGUUGCACAUUUCCUGGGGGGAAAAAAAUUGGAGUAGUUGGUCGUACAGGGAGCGGCAAAUCUACCAUGAUACAGGCAUUAUUUCGUUUGAUCGAACCAGUAGAAGGACGGAUUAUCAUAGAUGGCAUUGACAUUUGCACAAUAGGCCUGCACGAUCUCCGUUCACGUCUUAGCAUUAUUCCUCAAGAUCCAACUUUGUUUGAAGGAACCAUUAGGGGAAACCUUGAUCCACUUGAUGAGCACACUGACUACCAAAUAUGGCAGGCUUUAGACAAGUCUCAGCUUGGUGAUGUGAUCCGUCAGAAAGAACAAAAACUUGACUGUCCAGUUUUGGAGAAUGGGGACAACUGGAGUGUUGGACAAAGACAACUCGUGUCAUUGGGCAGAGCUUUGCUGAAACAGGCAAGAAUUUUAGUGCUUGAUGAGGCAACAGCAUCUGUUGACACAGCAACUGAUAAUUUGAUUCAGAAGAUUAUUCGAACAGAAUUCAGAGAAUGCACCGUGUUAACUAUUGCACAUCGUAUCCCAACAGUGAUUGACAGUGAUCUGGUUCUGGUUCUUAGUGACGGUAAAAUUGCAGAAUUUGACAGCCCGUUGCGGCUGUUGGAAGACAAGUCAACGAUGUUUUUCAAGCUAGUCUCCGAGUAUUCUGCGCGAUCAAGUAGUGUCUCAGAUGCUUGAAUUGUUCGACAUGCCUGUGAAACCAAUGCAACGGAUUGAAAUACGCACAUGUGCUUCAUGUUGCAACUGGAAUCUACCAGCAGACGGCGAAAGCUAGCACGGAAGAAUGGAAUGGAAGAUCGCAUUCUGUACAGAGAGCACUCACCUGCCUUGCACAGAGGAGGCAGCUGAGGUGGAUUUGGCGCACCAUUCUCAAUUUUCCUUGGAUGAAUGGGCGCCAUUCUCUCGCAUAAAGAGAGUUGUGUCUAUAUGUGAUUAAGACUCUUAGUACUGCGCCCAUAAAAGGCAAAUCCACAAUAAUGUCAUCUAGUUUACAGGGAGUGAGAUGAGUCCCUUGUUUGGCGCAUGCUGCCGUGCCCAUGGAAGCGAACAUCGUUUAGAAAAGGCAAAUUGCUAUCAUGAAAGUAGUUAAAACCA